UUCGUUCUUGUGAAUCGACUCGACUGAAUCACUGAAAAGAGUCGUUCCAAAAGAAUCGUUUGAGAAUCUCCCAUCAGUGGAGUCGUUUGGAAAUUUAAACCUGGUGUGACAAGCCGUUCAGGUGGUCGAGGAUGAGGAUGAUGAAGGGUGAAUAACCUGCUGGUGACUUUCUAUAGCUGUAUUAUUCAUCUUGUAUAACUGGAGAUGAACAUACUGAAGAUAAUGUCAGAAAUGUUGGUAUAAAAUGUACAAAGUGAGCUGCAUGGAAACAGGCGAAUGGUGCAUGGUGUUAGGUGUAAGGAGAGUAUUUAAGAUUUGAUGCUUGUGUAAUAUAGAUUACUUACGAAUCACCUCGUCUUUGGCUUCCUCGACAAUUUUUUUUUAACCUCUCUCUGUCUCUCACACACUCACACACACAAAUACACACACAGGAAAGGAACUAUGCUUGCGCUAUAACCAGCUUAUCGCCUCGUUUAGUUCAGUGAGCGGCUAAGAAGAGUUCCUCUUGUAUCGAACGCUUCUUCUGGAUUGGCGGAUCGAUCCGGUUUGUGCGCCCUCGCGCCACAGCGUGACAUUGGCGACGCCGCGCGCUCACCAGACUGGCGGGCUGCUGCUCGGGAACUAUGGAGGAAAAAGCGAAGGGUGACAGCGGCAAGGAGCAAGACGCGACCUCGACAUCUUACCAGCGGAAGAUAUGGAAGAAUUUCCAGGGGAGGACAAGACCGUUUCUGAGCCCUAAACUAGGCUCGGAAAGACGCAGCGCAGACAGCAAGAAAGAGAGCGGCUUGUGGAUGUUCAAGCGGAAAAAGAAACCGGUUCUGGACCGCAUCUUCUCAUCCUCUCAGCCGAACCUGAGCAGCUCGAGUCCGGCGUCUCUCCAGGGCGAUGAAGCGGAACCGGGCUGCAGUGAUGGAGCAGCGAAGUCAGCGCUGGCUGCUCUGGAAGGAGCAACUGCAAUGACACACGUUUAUACACAUGAGGUUUCGGUGUCGGCUCACGGCAGCCCGCGGCUCGGUGUGGCUCAUUUAACCGCGUCUCAGCCCAAAAGCUCGUCCUUGGGCUCGGCGUACUUUGAGACGCUCGUGCUGGACUCGGAGGCCACUUCCGGUCAGGACGAGCCGAGCAAAAACGCCAGCGAUUCGGGCAUCAACACCGUAGGGCCGAGUAAUGCAGAUCCGCCUGCCCUCAUCAGCCCCGGGAUGUACCAGCUGGACAUCGUGCUGAAGAAGGGCAUCAAUCUUGCCAUUAGGGACAGAGGAGGCACGAGUGACCCUUAUGUGAAGUUUAAGAUCGCAGGGAAAGAGGUUUUCCGCAGCAAGACCAUUCACAAGAACCUGAACCCGGUAUGGGAUGAGAAAGUGACCCUGCUGGUGGAUAAUAUAAGAGAACCACUCUAUGUUAAGGUCUUUGACUAUGACUUUGGCCUGCAGGAUGACUUCAUGGGCUCUGCAUAUCUUUACCUGGAGUCCCUGGAGCAACAUAGGACCCUGGAUGUGACCCUUGACCUGAAGGAUCCCCACUAUCCUGACCAUGACCUGGGCUCUCUGGAACUGGCGGUCACUCUCACUCCUAAAGAAGGAGACUUUAGGGAAGCUACCAUGCUUUUGAGAAGGAGCUGGAAAAGAUCCAGUAAGUACCAGAGUCUGAGGUUAUCAGAUGUCCACAGGAAAGCCCAGCUGUGGAGAGGAAUUGUCAGCAUCAGUUUAAUCGAGGGUCGUAACCUCCAGCCAAUGGAUGCUAACGGCUUGAGUGACCCGUAUGUCAAAUUCAGAAUGGGCCACCAGAAGUACAAAAGCAAGACAAUACACAAAACGUUGAACCCUCAGUGGAGAGAACAGUUUGAUUUCCAUUUGUACGAUGAGGGAGGCGGAUUUAUAGACAUCACUGUGUGGGACAGAGACGCUGGCAAGAGAGAUGACUUCAUGGGCAGGUGUCAGGUGGACCUCUCUCUCCUGUCUAAGGAAUGCACACACAAGCUGGACCUGCCGCUGGAGGAGGGCGAGGGCAUGCUGGUGCUACUGGUCACCCUCACCGCUUCAGCCGCCGUCUCCAUCUCAGACCUUUCUGUCAACAUACUUGACGACCCAAACGAGAGGAAAGAGAUUCUGCACAGAUAUAGUCUGCUGAGAUCCUUUCACAACAUUAAAGACGUUGGUGUAGUGCAGGUGAAAGUCAUCCGGGCAGAGGGACUGAUGGCAGCUGAUGUUACAGGCAAGAGUGACCCUUUCUGUGUCGUAGAGCUCAGCAAUGACCGUUUACAGACACACACCGUGUACAAGAACCUCAACCCAGAGUGGAAUAAAGUCUUCACAUUCAACGUGAAAGACAUCCACUCCGUGCUGGAAGUUACGGUCUAUGAUGAAGAUCGGGACCGAAGUGCUGACUUCCUGGGCAAAGUUGCUAUUCCACUGCUAAGCAUCCAAAAUGGUGAACGGAAAGCUUACGCCUUGAAAAGCAAGGAGCUGACAGGGCCAACAAAAGGGGUCAUCUUUCUCGAAAUAGACGUGAUUUAUAAUGCUGUUAAAGCGGGACUUAGGACGCUGAUACCCAUCGAGCAGAAAUAUAUCGAAGAAGAGCCUCGAGUUUCCAAACAGUUGCUACUGCAGAACUUUAACCGAGUGCGGCGCUGCAUCAUGUUCCUCAUUAACACUGGCUGCUACAUCAACAGCUGCUUCGAGUGGGAGUCUCCUCAGAGGAGCAUCUGUGCCUUCCUUCUCUUCAUAGUGGCGGUGUGGAACUUUGAGCUCUACAUGAUCCCGCUGGCUCUGCUGUUCCUGCUGGCCUGGAAUUAUGUCCUCAUCGCGUCGGGAAAGGACAGCAGACAGGGAGACGUGAUGGCGACAUUGUUUGCAAAAAUUCUGAAACCAGGGACAGAACUCUCCUUCAUGUAUUUACCUGUCUCUUCACUUCUUCUGUACAUUUAUCUCCACUUGCUUUAAUUUGUACUAAUACAAGAAAAAGGCUUGAAGUUAAGGACUAUAUUUCUAUAGUCAGGCAACACACACAGAAUGCUGGUUAAUACCCGUUUACCUGUUUGCAUGUGCUAUCCGUCUAGUGUUAACAGUUAAGGGCGUCAUUAUUUAUUCCACACGUUUAUACAAUGUGCUGUUCUGUGUUUCUGGUAAUUGUAAACUAAUCUGGAUCAGAAGUCAUGGUUUCAAAACCAGGUGAUGGGUCAAAGGUUAUACCUUUGGGAUCUGUGGAUAUAAAACGCACGAAGAAUGUGAAAGCUGCGGCCCCAUGAGCCCUCAGUCGUUCUUACACACUAUUGUUCUGCAUUUUGACGACUGUAACCACAACAGAUGAGCCACUCGUGGGGCUGGCAAGAGCGAGAGAGUUCCGCUCACUGACACAAUAAACAAACACACACAAGCACAUACACAUGGGGUCUGCUUUUCAUUAAACUGAAACCCACUGAUGAGCUUGGCCACUUUCUCUCUCGCAGUCAUUUAGAGAAGGAAGUUACUUUAUUAUAAACUCCAGGGGAAGGAAUUGAAGUCUUUUUUUAAUUUAUAUAUAUGUGUGUGUGUGAGUGUGUGUGGGGGUGAAUGUGUUUGAAGGUGCAUAUCUAUAUAAUAAUUAUGGAUCAUGAACAGUGGGGUCCAAAAGUGUGAGCCUCCUUCUAUUUUGCAUUCUUUUUCUAAUACAGUACAAAAUUUCGCAAUGCAGUUUAUAUUAUCAGCUACAGCUUGAAUGAAAAGUAGAAUUUUUAGUAGGUAUGUACUCAACAAGUUUGUGUAAAACCUGACAAUCAAUUUUAAAUCAAAUCAGUUGGAGUAUCAUCUGAACACAUGCUUCAGGGAAAAAUGAAAUUCUGACCUUUCGUACAAAGGCGUUAACAUGGUCAGUAUCGCAAAUUUGCUUAAAUUUAAAUAGUGACAUAGAAAUAGUGCAGAAUAUUGAUUACUGAAUAUUCAAGAUAUUUCCUUUUUUUUUCAAAAUCUCCUAAAACUUACUGAUGUUUGGACCCCACUUUAUAUGCUUUUUCACACACACAUUUACAUGCAACUGAUAUGUUAUUAAUAACUUUUAAAUGUUAUUUAUGUCAGUUGUAAUAUUUUCUGUGCAGGACUUUACCUCUAGGUUGUUACUCGUCAGUGAUCGAGCUGUCCAAAAUUGUAUCUUUCUAGGUUAUGUUUUUUACAAGUUCCAUUUAAAAGACCAGUCUGGAGCUCAGUUAAGUGACAAGCUUUCAAAAUAUUCCCCUAGUAAAAGUUUGUCAUUCAUGUUUCUGUCACUUGAGUAGCAGUGCCAAGCUCCUGGUGGUUGGCAGGAUAUAAUUUCAAAUAGCACUCUGUCUAACUCUCUACUAAACCCACUGACACAUAAGUGCAGGCUGCUACGACGCAGCGGCCAGCCUGCCUCUCACUGAGAGUUAAAGAGCUGCCCAGCCUGUGAGGCUUACUGAUAGGCUUCUGUGAUAUCCAGAUAUAUCUGUAUAAGCACCUGGGUGGGAUAUUAUGUCCCAUAACAUGAAUAUGAAUGAGAAUGCACUCAUACUGAAAGUUACACUGGGUAGAAUGUGUAUGUUUUGUGUGACAGUCGCAUGCCGCCGGCUAGAUGGCAUAUCUCUCAUAUCUGAUGACUGCAGAGGUGAGAAACAUUUUCUCAGUCAACAAACUGCCAUGAGACUUCAUCACUUAUCCCCUUACUGCAUUCUCUACUUCUUACCACUGGGAACUCUUCAUAUCGUUCCAACUUUAUGGAAAACCUAUUGCAUCUUUGAAUUAGUCAGCCUACCAUAUAAUUCUUAAUUUAGAAAGGCUGUUGAUGCAUGCUGUGUAAAUCUUUUCCCCAGUAUUUUACGACUACCCCCCUGCUGUUUUGUUUGUGUGCGAGUCUAUUCAGUUGAUUCCAAUACCACUGUAAUAUGUCCAUGUUGCAAUAAAUAUAGGCUAUUAAAAAUGUGGCUAUAAAGAUAUAAACACACAAACACAAACACACUAUAAGUAGGUAAAGGUACAUUAUUUCUCGUAUAUAUAUGGAGUCCUCCAUUUUUGUGUUCAACAUCUUUUCCUAGUCUUAUAAAUGUGCUGCGGAAUUAACUUCUAGUUAUGUGGUUUCCUCUGUGUGGUUUCCGCUUCUUGAAACCAAAGUCAUGGCUCUGACACAAUCAGGAAAAGAGAAAGAAGGAAAGACCUAGCCACUGCCAGUUGCUUUAAACAACAUGUAAAAUUAAACCAUCGCCCUUCGCCAAAUGUCAACAUUUGGAAAGUUGUGAUUUUUCAAAAGCCUGUAAAAGGGUAAUUCUCUUUGGAAGAUAUGAGCACUCAACCCUAAGCCUAGAGGAAGACUUACACGGAAUCAGAUUAUGUUUUUAUCAUAUAUAACCACAAUAUAUUCAGAAAAAAACAUACUCCCACUUUCAGCUGUCAUUUAAUUGAAGAGGGUUGUUACCUCAAGGGUUGACAUGCAAGCUCAACUCUUAACCUGUAGUCAGCUGACCCCUGACUCUCGUAUUCUUUCCCUGUGCUCUCCAUGCCACCCCUCCACCAAUUACCUGACCUCUCUGUCAGAGCCUGUUAUUGUUAAAAGCUCUUUUUACCAUCUGGGAAGGCUAUGCUCCAAACACCAGAGUAUACUCUCAAACUGGUGUUUCCAAAUGGAACAUGUUUAGCAGGUCUGAGAACUGUAUAAGUAGGCUCCUUUGGUUCCUUAGAGAGGAAUUUCCAAGCCACAGUGAAUGGAUAUUAUGAGGAUGAAUUAGGGGUUCAGAGGGGGUGCCACCACCUUUGGAUGCAAGUCAGACAGAUCAUGACUUCUGAACCGAGCCUGUCGAUCAUCAGAACAAAAAUGGACCAGGUCUGUCAAUCAUCAGGAACCAUUUGAGAGCAAAUGUAGACCAACUCUGUUGAUCAGUAACAAACAUUGUAAAAGCCAGAAUUUUCUCUAUACACUUAUGAUUUCCCAUUAUAUUACAGUGGUUAUAAAGGAGACUCCUACUGGCGAUGGUUAGAAUUGCCCUCACUAUACAGGUCAGAAAGCCACAACCUGGCAACCCAAGCCAGGCUGACAUUACCUGUCAGUAUCUGGCCCAUUUCCUGUAGAGAGCCAGUGAUCUCAGUGCCUUCACUGACCUCCCCUCCACCCCCAGCUUCCAGUUAAGUUUGUUUGGAGACCUGGAAGGUUUUGGUGGGGCUCCAUAACGACCACUUGGGCUCAGUCAAGCGUUGGACAGCUCAGUUGGAAUUGAGAGGAGCAGGGCCCGUGGCGGGCCCUGAAAGACCCACGCUGCUGAAUCCACUGGCCCGGAAAACACUUUACCAGAUGUUUCAAAGGUGUUAAUUAUAGCAAAUUCUGCCAGAGCUGGAGAAACACAGUGACAUCUCUUUCACCAGCCAGUAUGCAAUUAAGCAUUUUAAGGUACUUCUCAGUAACCUUGUCAGUGGUUUGAGGGCAAGGAUAAUGUACUCCUCAUGCUUUUGUCUCUCUCUUUUGUGUCUUAUUUCUGGCUGUUUUUCAUGUCGCUGAAAUGAAGCGUGUAUAGGAAUAUGUGGUAGAUGCCAUCAUGUUUCUCAAGUCAUUUUGAAACAAAGGACUUCCAUAUUUGCAUAUACCUAAAUGCAGUGACAAAGGUAUUCAAGACAAGGUCCGACUAUGCCACAAGGAAUUUUUUUUUAUUGUUCUUUUUUUAACCAUAUUUCCAUGUGGUAUUGCUUCUAAAUACUACACAACCCACUGGAAGUGACUGUGAUGCUGACUGUGGGAUUGUGCAUUGUUUUAAAUGCUGUGAUGUAGACAGUCAGCUGGAAGACCUGAAGCUUUAGUGUCUCCCAUGAGGCUUGAUCUCAGGGAGAAGCCUGUCAUCGAUCCAUCACCCUGUCCAACUUCUUGUCUGACGUCAAUGUGGAACAAGCUGCCAUCAUCUCAUGCGGCCAGCAAAAGAGCAGCAUGAUAGAAGACACCUAUUGCUUCAACAUCAUAUAUAUUUCAUUGUUCGAGGAAAAAGUCGAAGGUGGUCAUGAUUUAAACCAAGUGUAUUUUCGCUGUAUAACUCAGUAAGAAGCUGCACUUUUGUACAUUGUUACAGGUAAACAGAUACUUGAAUAAAGUUUUUCAGUUUCCCUUUCUUUCGUUUUGUCUGGUUUGAGCUGUGCUUUGUCUGUUUUUUUCCAUUGUGUGUGUAAUUUGAAAAACAAACCGCUUGGAUGGAGCUUCAUGAAUAAAGGAUAGGCUGUGUUUUUCCUUACCAUCUUCUGGUACAGGUGGGUUGCUCUGGGGGGAAAUGUGGAGCCUGUCAAGCCCACCUCCAGUGUCAAUCACUGCACAGUGAAAUAUAAAGGGAAACUAAAUGAGAGCCUGUCUCUCAAUCGUGAUCCAUGCUAACUCUUCUUUCAGCUUGGUGCUCUGGCUGUGGGCUGAGUCGACUGGGAUGGCACACGAAAAAAAAGGGGUGUGUGAUGGCAGGGCCGAGAGAGGAGGAGGAGGAAGAUGAGGAAGGGAAGGGGAGCGGUUUUUCAGGCCUUUAAUCCACCUCAGUGCCACCACCUCUUCCAGCGAUGCACUCCCGCCAGCAAGACGUCGAAUCUCGUGCGCCUGGCAGACAUGUCUCCGCUCCUCCGUGCCAGCCCCUGACAGGUGACAAAAUCAAAAGGUCACGUCACUUUGAACUGGCAGCGUUUGUUGCCCCGCUGAUUUCCCCCGUGCCAGUGUGGCUCUGAGUUGCUCACAGGCGAGGUUUGAAGCGAGGAGAGAAGCGACUUUGGCAGCUCCCUACACUUCAUCCCUGUGAACUUUUGUACCUGAGAUUUUGCUAACAAUGUGGAUGAUCUACACAUCUUUGUCAUGGCUGCUGCUGUUGUUGUUGAUGCAGCCAUGUUUCUUGCUGGCAGGGUUUUGUUUACAGAACACCGACUGUGUUUUUGAGGUAUCCUCAGGGUCUAUACCAUGCUACAGAUUAGAGUUGAAUGUAAGCCAAGGGAUGAAAAGCUAUGAUGAGGCUUCUUACUUGUGGGACUACAUGACCCUGGCAUGUUUCUGAUCUGCAGCACUAAACCCAACAGUCCUCUGAUCAGUGUGUUUGCCUUGUAAAGCUCAGCCCUAAAGAGACAAAGUGUCUCUGCCGCGCAGAACAGCACUGAGUCUGACCUGUUAUUGCUUAGCCUAUUUAGCUCUUUUAGCAUACGUAACUGCAUUAUGCAACCAAGUCUGAUCGGCAAAAACAGUGUUUAUUCUUCCACUAAAUCAAUACGUUGACCAAUUAGUGCUCCUCUCCUCUCAAUCUGCCUCUUUUGCCAGUAGCACCAGUCUUUGACUUAAGCCUCUGCAGGGGUCAAGCCAGAGUCAGCCAACAUUGGCAUGAGCACAAGCCCUCCCUUUGACCAGCAGUGCUCUGACAGCCUGUGAAGAGGCUGUUUGGGCUGGAGGUGCUCCGGCGAGAGUCCUUAUCAGCCUUCCAGGCCUGGGCUCUCCCGGGUCCCCCUGAUCCACACGCCGCAUACAAAGCAGGACCAUGCCCCGAGCAGCUGGAGACGCUAGAGAUGUCUUCCAUUUCAAAGAGGAGCAAGAGGAGGGGAGAGGGGAUGGGGGCAAAAAAUGAAAGUAUAUAUCUUCAUGUCGGAUGGGUUGUCUGGCUUGGGCGUCUAUUCCCGGCGCACCUGUCAUGGUGAAGGUUAGAAUUAAAAGCACAGAUAGCACAGUUCUUCCUUUGCUGAUAGUGGAGGAGAGAAAAAGUGCAUUAACCCUCCAAGAUGGAUGUCACAGAGCAGGGCUGGGGAUGGUGCCAAUGCUAGCUGAAAGGCCAGACUGCAGAGGAUCUUGCUCUCUCUCUCUCAGUGACUGUCAGUAAAAGACCCACUCUGACUGAUUCAUGACCUUGUUUUUUUUCCUCAAAAAUGCUUUUUCUCCUCUUCAUUGAUUGCUAAAUGCUCAAUUUGCACAGCAUGAUUGAUUGUCUUCUUCUCUCAAAUAAUCGAGACUAGCCUCUACUUAACCCUGCUAUUGAAACCACAUUACUCUGGUAGAUUUGUGCACCCUUUAGCACAAAGCAUCAUCAGUUCACUCCUAGCAAUUCCACCAUGUCUCCUGAACCCUCCUUUUGUUUCUGCCUCUAGCAGCAUUUACAUAAGAGGCUUAUGGCAGCAUGCACUCUGCCUUUUAGCCAAGACAAAGGAACAAAAGCUAUUGUUUGCUAAGUAACAAUUUUUGGAUGUCAGAGAAAACUCAUUUAUGUGAUGUGG